AUGGAAAAUGAAAAAAAGGAUGUUAUACGAGUGGGUUCAAGGCAAAGUGAGCUAGCGCUCAUACAAACAAAUUUCGUUAUAGACUGCCUAAAGAAAAUGUAUCCUGAGAAAGAAUUUACUAUAGUGAAAAUGACAACACUUGGAGAUCGCAUUUUAAAUGUAUCUCUACCAAAAAUAGGUGAAAAAUCCUUAUUUACAAAAGACUUAGAAGAUGCUUUAAGAAAUGAUUCAGUUGAUUUUGUAGUACAUUCCCUUAAAGAUUUGCCAACUUCUUUGCCAGAAGGUCUUACGAUUGGUGCUGUAUUGGAAAGAGAAGAUCCUAGAGAUGCAUUAGUUCUAAGGGAAGAUGUCAAAGAUCUGACUCUAUCUACUUUACCAGAAGGAUCUGUUAUUGGUACAUCAUCGCUACGUCGCACAGCGCAGUUACGGGGUUCGUACCCACAUUUAACUGUAUCAGAUGUUAGAGGCAAUCUCAAUACCAGGCUUCGUAAACUGGACGCGUCUACUAAAGACUACUGCGCUUUAUUGCUGGCAAAUGCUGGCUUGCAAAGAAUGGGAUGGGGGGAUAGAAUUUCGAAGAUUUUACCAUGUUCAGAGAUGAUGUAUGCAGUCGGUCAAGGUGCCCUAGCAGUGGAAUGUCGGUCGGACAAUGAAGACAUACUCAAUAUGUUGGCACCGUUCAAUCACCCGGAAACGUACUGCAGAGUGCUGGCUGAGAGAAGCUUUUUAAAAACACUUGGUGGUGGUUGCAGUGCACCGGUGGGCGUCUCAACAAAGCUAAAACCUUUAGAUGCAAGUUUCAAACUAUCAAUAACAGGCGGAGUAUGGAGUUUAGACGGUCUCACUAAAAUACAAGACACAAUGGAACAAACGUUCGCUCAAAUAAAAAAAACACAAAAACACAAAUUAAGCCCUACAGAAGAGAGUAGUGUGAAAAAAAUAAAAAUCGACGAAACAAAAAUGAAUGACAAAAAUUAUAAUCCAUUACAGGAAUUAGAUGAUAGAAUUGCAAAUCGUGUUAGUGCCAAUUGUAUUGAUUUGACAGAUGGAGUGACAGAAAGGCGGAUAUUUUGUGGUUUGACAGAAAACGUCAAUGUACCAACGGACGUUAUAAUUAAAUGUGAUACUUUAGGUCGAGAUUUAGCUGAUAAUUUAAUAUCGAAAGGUGCUUUAGAUGUGAUGAAGGUUACUCAGGAUCUUAUAAGGAGUUCUAUUGUAAAAUCU